UCCCUUCACUGAGACGAUAAGAUUGGUGGACGUGAGGGUGUUGAGGUUCUCCUGUUGCCAAGGACGAAUCAGAUCUCCAUUGGCAGCCCCUCCGGCAGUCCGAUAGACCCUUGCCAUGGUGGUGAACCAGUGGUUGUUGAGCUGGGUUUGGAACCAGUCCCUGAUCCGAGCAAAGAACCAAUAAUUCCUCAUCCAAGUUUGAAUUAUGGCCUUGCUAGAUGACUUCCAUCAAGCAUUAGGUGGUGUUCGGUUGUACGUAGUCAUCAAAGACGUUGACGCGACAAAGGGCUGUGGUAAAAUAUGAUUCUUAUCAUAAUUUAUCACAUGGGUGAUGCAAGAUAACGAAGACUUUAGCUCAGUCAUGAUCGAGGAUAAUGGAAAAUGGAAGCUUCUUUGUUUGUGAUGGGUAGCACAACAAUUUAUGAAUGAGCAAGUUGGUCCAACCGUGCUACUCCCGUUCUGUGAUAUUUUAUUUUCUGAUUUUACCGUUGGUCAGUCCGAUCAUCAAGUGGCCUUUAUCCAAUCAAUAGCCUUUUUCAGAAUAAUAGGUUUAUCUUAUUAUAAUCCAUCCAAAGUGGGUAUAUGACCCCGGCUUCUUGGAUUGCAUUGGAGAACCAUAAGCUCAAACAGCACUUGAACAGAAGCUUGAAGUUGUUCCGAGAGCACCAUGGCUACCCAGGUCUUUGUGGAUUGGAAGGGAAAUCCAGUCAACAAAAAGAAGCAUGGUGGAGUCAGAAGUUCAUAUUUCAUCUACUUCAUGGUAGUGAUGGGAAACAUAGCCUUUGUGCCCAACAUGCUGAACUUGGUUAACUACCUACAAGGCACCAUGCAUAUGGGCAUUUCAAGCUCUUCAACCACAGUCACAAACUUUAUCGGUGCCGCAUGCGGCUUUGCUCUGUUGGGAGCUUUUCUUUCAGACUCAUACAUCACACGAUUUAAAACCAUACUCAUAUUCGGCCCUGUGGACUUCUUGGGUUAUGCGUUGCUAGCAUUGCAAGCACACCUCCCAUCACUCCAUCCAUCAGACUGUGACAUGAAUGGGCAACAGAACAAUUGCGAGCAAGUUCAUGGCUUCAACUCUGCCCUGCUUUAUAUUGCUCUGUACACCACUGCUUUGGGUGAGGGCUGCGUGCGUGCUUCCUUGCCAUCUUUGGGAGGAGAUCAAUUCGACGACAAGGACCCAGUUGAGUUACAACUCAAGACCAGCUUUUUCAACUGGUUCACCUUUGGAAUUUCAUUGGGAGGUUUCAUAGGCCUCACACUUGUGGUGUGGAUUGAGAACAACAAGGGAUGGGAUAUUGGUUUUGGUGUCUCUGCACUUGCAAUUCUCCUAGGAGUGCUAGCAGUAGCUAGUGGUGUCUCUUUCUAUCGCAAUCAGAUACCAAAAGGAAGUCCUCUGACUCGAAUAGUGCAGGUUUUUGUGGCUGCGUUCAAAAAUCGAAAGCUCGUGUUGCCUGAAAAUGUAAACCAACUGCAACAUAAUUGUGAGGAUAUGGAUAUCAUUGAAGUCCUUCCUCACACAAAGGGUUUCAAAUUCCUUGAUAAAGCUUCAAUUAAUCAUGGAGACACAGGAACUUGGUCCUGCACUGUAACACAAGUGGAGGAGACGAAAAUUGUACUUCGAAUGCUUCCCAUCUUAAUCAGCACUGUGCUUGGUUACUUACCUACGCCUGUUCUCUUGACAUUCACUGUCCAGCAAGGCAGCACUAUGAACACAAAGCUUGGGAAGAUCCACAUCUCCCCUGCAACUCUCUUUGUAAUUCCAGUGAUCUUUCAGAUGGUGAUCCUGGUAAUCUAUGAUCAAUUCAUUGUGCCCUUCGCACGAAGGAUCACAGGAUACGUAGGAGGUAUUACUAACUUGCAACGCGUGGGCAUUGGUUUCGCUGCUUCAGCAUUAGCAACAUGUGUGGCGGCAUUGGUGGAAAGGAAGAGAAAAAACAUAGUAGAAGAGCAUGGGCUAGAAGACUUUGAAACUGGUGUCCCCAUGUCUGUAUUUUGGCUCGCACUGCAGUUCUUUCUUUUGGGCAUUGUUGAUGUAACUUCCUUUGUUGGAUUACUGGAAUUCUUUAAUGGCGAAGCUUCAAGAGGAAUGAAAUCAAUAGGAACAGCCAUAUUCUGGUGUGUACUUGGGUUGGCAUCCCUGUUGGGAACUUUCCUGGUCGACAUGGUGAACAAAGCUACCAGACAUGGUGCUAGUGGAAGGGGGUGGCUAGAGGGAGCCAACUUGAACAAGAGCCACCUUGAUUGGUUUUAUUGGUUAGUUACAAUCCUUGAACUGGUGGCUCUCUUCAAUUAUAUGUACUGGGCAAGGAGGUAUGUCUAUAGGCAUGAUCCCCGUAUACCUCAAGAGCUGACUGAAAUAGAUGAUAAGGAUUCCUCCAAAACAAAAGACGUGGUUGCAAUUUAAUCGCAUCUCUACAUAUGGUCGGUGCAUGUGACAGUUGUUAUCUUCCAGAAUAAUUAAAAAUUUGCGAUAUCAGUGUAUGAAUAUUAUUGAAAGCACAAACAAUGUAAAUGCAUCAGUAAGAAGACUGUUUGUUACAAUAGACAAUAUGAUGAAGAAUUAAAGGAUUUUACACAAAAA